UUAAUCCGACAAGCAAACAAUGUAACAAAAUCAAGGAAAUGUAAUUGACAGAGCAAAAUGAUACCUCGUUGAACUUCCCGUAGCAGUAUUUCUGAGCUUGACGGACGUGAAAUAUUUCGUCCAUGUAGGGCUCCCUUUGCUCCCGAGUUAUUUUGGAGAACAGGAGACACGAAACCAAAAAGUUGGUGCUGCAGAGAGCAGUGAAAAUGUACCCUUCGAAUUUCUCCAUCUUCACCUAGAAAUUCUGAACUAACGCGGAAAUUAAUCUAAAAUUAGCUAGAUACUUAUAUAUGGUAUACGCAACAUACAACGUUUAAUUUCAUGUUAACUACGGAUGAAAUGUAUAUAAAAUGACAAUAAAAAUACAGAUAUUUUAAUCUAGCUAAAACGCGAACGGAAGAGUUACAUUUUUUGACAGUUUGGUGUUCCCGUCAGUGGAAGGUAGUCCGUACAGAAGCUGUUUUCAAAUUCUAAGUUCCUAUCAGUAUCAUUUCACAAAUGAUUGAAUUGCUUCUUUGUCGUACAAUCGUUUUAAAAAUGCGAGCAUAUAUCUAAUAUAUUUUAUUUCAUAAGUAUUGACAAUUAUUAGGUACAGCAUAAAUAUUUUUAGUCGUGUAAAACCGGAACCUUUCAGAUUAAUUGUGUUACUUUGUUUUUGUUCCCUGUGUAUUUUUUUUUUUUUAACCACGUGAGAUGGUCUAACUGAAAUGUUCGAGUCUUUUUUUAUCCACAAAUUCGUUUUUCUUCAGUUAUGUAUUCAACUCAGGAAUUGGAACUCUUUCCUGAUCGUACUGUAACUCAGUUGCUAUUCAAAGAUGUCAAAAACGCUGCAGAAUUGAGGAAAAAUGCCAUGGAAGGAAAGAUUAAUGGUGCCUUGAUAAACCCGUCUAUGAUAGUGAACCCCUUCCAAGUGCUCGUGGCAGCAAACAAGGCGGUCCAUUUACAUAGUACUGGAAAAAUGAAGACAAGGAGUUUAUAUUCCGAAAUCAUCUACAACCUUUCACCCACUAAUAAUAUUUCAGAGGCCUUCAAGAGGUUUGGGAUGUCAGACAGUGACAGUGCUGUUCUCAUAGUUCUAGUCCAUCUCAAAGAGGAGACGCAGCACAUGACUGACAUCAUUGCCAAGGUGGAUGGACAACAGAUCCCAGUUGAAGAUGUCUCCAUGUUGACCGACCCUGCUAAGGUCAAAAAGCUGUACAAAACCACACCCCAGGAGGAUAUGUGUCUACUGGACGCUGUUGUCUGCAGGAUGGCAACCAAAGAUGUCAUGUAGCUCAGCAAGAAGACAUGGCAGCAAAUGGAACCAUUCAUGUUAUAUCAUUUUUUUUUAGUUGUUGAGCGUUUCACAUUGAUGUUGUUGCACAAUGUCAUAAAUGAAAUGUUUUCCUCCUCGAAUAUGUUAUUAAACAUGUUUAUUUUUCGUA